AAGAUUCCAGCAAAAAAACAAAGUGUCCGCAGACGCAGACUCGCAGAAGCGCUAUUUUCUUGUGCGUAAAAAAAACAACAACUAAAAAUUAAAAAUCACCUUCUCCAAAAAGUGCCAAAACCGUCCCGGAGAUGAAGAAGUCCGUCAGGUUCGCCGUGGUGUGCGUCGGAGUGUCUCUGCUCAUCUCCUGCCAGUCCGUCGAAGCCUGGUACAAGCAGGUGACCGGACCCAGCUACUACUCCGUGGGCCGCGCCUCCGGGCUGCUGUCCGGCAUCAGGAGGUCCCCGACCGUCCGGAGAGCCGAGUCCGAGGAGACGGCGAUGGACAGCGGGGAGGCGGCGGGAAACAACUUGAUCCAAGAGACUAGCAGGCAGAUCUCCGUCCUGAAGAACAUGGCCAUCUGCCUGAAGGACGUCUCUCCAAACCUGAAGAGCUGCGAGCUGCUGCAGGACGGGACAGGGACCUUCCAGUGCAAGGCAGAUGUCUUCCUCACCCUGGACUCCUUGGACUGCCUGUCCGCAUGAGACCCCGCGAAUCCUCCUCAUCAUCAUCCGCCCCAAAAAAAAAAAAAAAAAAAAGAAAGAAAAUAGAGGUAGAAAGAAGGAGAAAAACCAGAGAUUUUAUCUGGGAAAGCAAAAAAAAAAAAAAAAAAAAAUCAAAACAGAGAUGAGGGAUGGAUGGAGAUUUUUGCUUUGAAUGUUUUCUCUUAUUUAAAGAAAAAUGCUUAAAAAAAAAACAUUGUUCAGUUUUGCUUUUAGUUGAAAAGAAAAAAAAAAUCUAAACAGGAGGAAAAAAACACAAUGCCUGACAGUUUAGAUGAAGCCAUUUUCAUUCCAACCCCUUUGCAUAAUAAGGAAAUGUUCAAAAAACAUCCAGAGGUUUAUCUGCAGUUUUCCAGAAUUCCUGUAAAUUACUUUUAUUUAUUUAUCUAUUAAAAUGAACAAACAACAUUAA